GUCACAUGGGGGCGUACUCUCAAAAUCGUCUGCUAAUUUUGCAAGAUGGCCGACGUUCCAGAAAACGCACCUGAACAAUGUCCAGGAACACAGAGUGAAUUAGCCGGCAAGCAGUCAGCAUGUCAGGGCUGUCCAAACCAGGACAUUUGUGCAAGUGGGCUACCCGCAGCACCCGACCCAGCAAUUGAGGAAAUCCAAGAGCGAAUGUCUUCUGUAAAGCACAAGAUUCUAGUGCUAUCGGGGAAAGGAGGGGUUGGCAAGAGCACCUUCACAGCUCAUCUGGCGAGAGGGUUGGCAAGAAAUGAAGAAACACAGGUGGCAGUAUUAGACAUUGAUAUUUGUGGACCAUCAAUCCCUCGGGUAAUGGGUCUUGAAGGAGAGCAAGUUCAUCAGAGUGGAUCCGGAUGGUCACCGGUGUAUGUUGAAGAUAACCUGAGCGUGAUGUCAGUUGGGUUUCUCCUGAGCAGUCCAGAUGAUGCAGUUAUAUGGAGAGGCCCAAAGAAAAACGGUCUUAUUAAACAGUUCCUGCGUGAUGUGGAUUGGGGCGAUACCGACUACCUUAUAGUAGACACCCCACCAGGGACAUCUGAUGAACACCUGUCUAUUGUACAAUAUCUCAGCUGUACCAAUGUAGACGGGGCAGUGCUUGUUACUACACCACAGGAAAUCUCUUUGAUGGACGUUCGUAAGGAAAUCACAUUCUGUAAGAAGGUCAACUUGCCAAUCUUGGGAGUUGUUGAAAACAUGAGCGGUUUCGUCUGCCCCAAAUGCAAAAAUGAAUCUCAAAUUUUCCCUCCUACAACUGGUGGUGCAGAAAAAAUGGCAGACGAUCUCAAAAUACCAUUCCUCGGCAAACUUCCUCUUGAUCCAAGAAUAGGUAAAUGUUGUGACGAGGGUAAAUCUUUUUUUGAGGAGGUGCCAGACUCUCCUGCUACACAUGCAUACCUGUCUAUCAUCAACAAACUAAAAAGUGCCUGCCAGAAGGACAACCAAGGAGGGGAAAACAACAUGGACUGUUCAUGAAACCGCCGCCACCAUUCCUCUUUGGUUUAAACCGCCCCAACCCCAAUCUAUCUUUACCCAGACCCAUUAACUAAAGUAAUAGAGCACACACAAAAAGUGCACACUGACUAAAAAGUCAGAGCAGAACAAACCUGCUCUUCUCAGAGCCACCACUACUCACAAAAGAGUUUUUUUACAUGGUGUCACCGCAAACCUUACUUACUAAGCAUUUUUCCAUCAUGGAUACCACUGAUUCUUAUCUCUUUAAAAAUAAUUAGUGCCUGCCUUCCAGUUAUUUGUUUUUCUUUUCUUGAGACCAAGUCAAAUAAUAGAUAACUAAAUUAUUUACUUUUAAGAGUACGACAUGAUGUUUUUAAGUUGAGCUCAGCCUCCGCUUCUAGGAUUGCUAGGGUGCCUUCUGUUUUACUCCCACUCACUCCCUAAAUGACUAGGGCAUAAACUGUCUUUUUCAAAAAGGCACUGGACACUGGGUAAUUGUCAAAAGUCAGUAUCCUCACUUCGUGUAUCCCAACAUCAU